UCAUCACACAUUUCUUCUUCUCGUCCUUGCCAGUAACCCUCUAAAACCCUAACAAUUGAAAUCGACAGACCUAUCUCAAGGCUUCAUCGCAGAAGAUUAAUUGUGUUGUGAAGACUGCGAAAUUUGGGCUUGGGAGAGCAAAAAAUGGCAUUGACGAAUUUCAUACUGACAGUGGCAGGCGUGAGCGCGCUGAUUUUACUGAUGAGGAGCGACGUCAAACAAACGGCGACCAUCUUCAGGCGCAACGCUCGUCAGAUUCGCCAUUGGCUCGAAGAAGAGUCCGCCUCUGCAGCCAAGGAGAUGGAGAAGGCAAAACCCAAGGAGCUACCUGGGAAAGAUAUUCCUAAGGAGGACAAGCAUUAGAUGUGCUUGAGCUUCAAGUAAAGUAAUUGUGUUUUGGGUUGGACAUUUUGUCCCGCAAAUUUUUUUGACUGAUUGCACUUUAUUUCUGCUCUCAAGUAAUUGUCUUUUCUUUUUAGUAGCACUUUGUAUACUUUUAUUAAUGCUGCUGUGUGAUACCCCAAGUAUAUAUAUAUAUAUACUUUUAUCAAAUGCUUUGUUUAUAUUUUCACUCCUUCAACUUACUGGUAAUAUUUGUUGCACCCAAGUUUACACAGAUCAUGGACCGGCAUGGCUCUUGGGUGUUCAGUGGUGGUUGAUUAGCCUACAAGCCCUACACUCUUGUUAGAUUUGAUAACUACAUAAUCCUAUAUAUGGACAGCCUCUGUUUGUUUGUUUGUUUAUCGGGAGAAUCUAACCCGAUACUAUUUCCUUUCCAUUUUACCAAUGGGCCUAACCCCAAGCUGAGGCCAGUCUUCUUUUCUUUCAUUCUGUAUUGCACUGGAAUUGACUACACAAUUGGCGAUUCCAUUUCCUUAUGCCUCAAACCUCCAUCAGCCAGCAAGAUAGUAUAAGGACACGACAAUAAGUUGAAUGAGAGAUCAUAAUGGCCGAAGUUCAGCAUAAUCUGAUGAUCCAUGGUUAGC